GUUACAUUGGCGACGAGACAUAAAGCUUGUUCGUGAUGGCGGACAGCGUAAUAAAACCAUUCCUUUGUGAGAAUGUGGAGAAGGCGUUACUUCGAGAUGAAUGGGAGAAGUGGCUCCGAGCUUUCAACAUAUACCUACAGGUGGAAAGCGUCAACUCGGUAACUCAGAAGAGAAUGAAAUUAUUACACUUGGGGGGCACGCAACUUCAGACGGUUGCAUACGCACUACCGGAUGCUAUAGUUGAAUAUAAUGAAGAAGCUGAUAAUGACGUUUUCUCCAUAUUGGUUGAGAAAUUAACAUCGUACUUUUCUCCCAAACAAAAUUCGACGUUCGAGAGACACCUUUUUAGGAAAAUAUCUCCUGACGAAGGCGAAACAGUGGGGAAAUUUAUACUUCGACUGCGUCAGCAACUUCAAAAAUGCCAGUUUGGUUCCACGAAAGCCGAGAUAGAAGAAAUAUGUCUAAAGGACAAACUUAUUGAUACUUGGGCUAACUCAGAACUUAAAAAGAAACUGUUAGAGAAAGAACAAACAUUAAGUGAAGUUAUCAACGCGUGUCAGGUAGAUGAAGAAAUAAAUAAACAGUCACAUCUGAUGUUUCCGAAACAUUUACCAGACACCGUCAAUAAAAUUUCUAAUUGGAAACCACGGAAACUGCAUAAUAGCGAGUGUGGAAGGUGUGGGCGGUCAGGCCAUAAAGAAGAUAGUCCCACGUGCCCGGCCCGGCAGAUAAAGUGUAACCGGUGCUCUCGGCUGGGUCAUUUUGCCAGCAAAUGCCGAACGAUUCUAAAACGCCCAUACCCACAAUCGAACGAUCAGAAUUUCAAGCGCAGAAAUAUACAUCGAAUUGAAGAUUCAAACCAAGAGGGUAACGAGACAAAGCGGGAACAUUGCUUAAAAAUACACAGUGACGAGGAACAUGAAGAAUUGAUUACAUGCCGAAUUGGAGGCGAGAACGUUUCAUUAAUAAUCGAUUCCGGCUCCCGGUUCAACCUGAUCUCGCAAGACGAUUGGUUUGUUUUAAAAACAAAGAAUGCAGCAGUUUUCAAUGUUCGCGCGAAUGCGCAUAAUCAGUUUAAGGGAUAUGCCUCGGACGAAAUUUUAAAUGUUAUUUGUGUCUUUGAGGCACCAAUAGCGAUCAAGGAUAAUCCGGAACAAAUUGCAUCAUUUUUCGUCAUUGAAAAAGGACGGCAGUCAUUGCUUGGAAGGGAAACGGCUACAAAGCUAAAUGUUCUCCGAAUGGGGUUACCGGUUAAUCACAUUGAAAUCAUAGCGCCGUUCCCAAAAUGGAAAAGCGUUAGCGUUAAGCUAACAAUAGAUCCGGAUGUUGACCCCGUAAAACAACCAAUGAGGCGAAUUCCGGUGGCGUUGGAAGACAAGGUGAAUGCUAAGUUAGAAGAAGCACACCGCAUGGACAUUAUUGAACCGGUGAGUGGUCACAGUCCUUGGAUCUCCCCGAUGGUAAUUGCGUUUAAGCCGAAUGGCGACAUUCGACUAUGUCUGGAUAUGCGACAGGCCAACCGAGCCAUUCUUCGUGAAAACUAUCCUCUGCCUACGUUCGAAUCCUUUAUGACUAAAUUACGAAAUGCCAAAUUAUUUUCACGAUUGGAUCUAAAGGACGCAUAUCACCAGUUGGAACUAGACGAAGCAAGUAGACCGAUUACCACUUUCAUCACACCUCGAGGACUGUUCAGAUACAAGCGAUUGAUGUUUGGCAUAAACGCGGCGCCUGAAAUCUUCCAAAGACGGCUCGAGGAACUUCUUUCAUCGUGCGAGAACGUAAUGAAUUAUAUCGACGACGUAAUAAUUUUUGGAAAUAGCGAACAGGAACAUGAUGCUGCAGUCAAAAAGGUUCGUAAGGUCUUCAAAGAAUAUAAUAUACUCCUAAACGAUGAGAAGUGCAUUUGGAAGACGACCAAAAUCAAAUUCUUGGGACACAUCUUAACGAAUACAGGGAUAAUGGCUGAUCCUGAGAAAAUAGCUGCUAUCGGUUCCUUUCGAGCACCCAAAAAUAAAGAAGAGACGCGGAGUUUCCUUGGCUUGGUCACUUACGUGGGUAAAUUUAUUCCAGACCUGGCCGAUUUGACUGAACCACUGCGUGGGUUGUUAAAAAAGGAUGAGAAGUUCAUCUGGGGACCAGUUCAAGACCAGGGGUUUCAAAAACUCAAGUCAGCAUUAGCUAAAAUCCCAAGUCUCUCAUAUUUUGACCCCAACAAUAAAACUAGAGUGAUAGCAGAUGCUAGCCCUGUAGCUUUGGGGGCAGUAUUAUUACAAUUUAACAAUGAUCACGAGCCAAAAAUAAUUGAAUUUGCUAGUCGAAGCUUAACCGAUGUGGAGAAACGAUACUCCCAAACGGAGAAAGAAAGUUUGGCUUUGGUCUGGGCAGUAGAAAGAUAUUAUUUUUACUUACUGGGACUGGAGUUUGAAUUAGUGACGGACCAUAAGCCUCUGGAGACAAUUUUUAAACCAACAUCAAAACCGCCGGCACGGAUUGAAAGAUGGCUGUUGCGCCUCCAGGCGUAUAAAUUUAAAGUUAUAUACAAAUCCGGGAAGGAAAAUAUUGCUGACAGUUUAUCACGGCUGUGUGAACAGGCAUCAUCAGAGUGUUACGAUAUCAAGGGCGAGCACAGCAUACUCUUGAUAAUCAAAAAUGCGGUACCCACGUCGAUUGAGAUAUCUGAGUUGGCCGAGAAGAGCAUUCAUGACGAAGAAAUCGUUGACGCAAUGAUGUGCCUCCAACAGGGUUCUUGGAACUCUGCACUUUCAAGUAAACUGUACCCAUUCCGACACGAAUUAUCAACUGUGGGAACAAUUAUGUUGAGGGGAGUACGCAUUGUUAUUCCAUCAAAGCUAAGGCAGAAAGUGUUGACGUUGGCACACGAAGGCCAUCCAGGCGAAUCGGCAAUGAAGCGGCGAUUAAGAGCCAAAGUGUGGUGGCCCCAAAUAGACAAAGACGCCGAAAGAUUUGUAAAGGACUGCAUGGAUUGUACUCUGGUUUCUCGAGCAGCAAAUCCGCCGCCGAUGAAGAGAACUGAAUUUCCGAACGGUCCGUGGCUUGCAGUGGCAACAGACUUGCUAGGGCCAUUGCCGAAUAACGAAUACAUCUUAGUCCUAAUCGAUUAUUAUUCAAGAUAUAUGGAAUUUAAGUUCUUGCGAUCUAUUACAUCGGAGUCGCUUAUUGACGCGUGUAAAGAAAUUUUCUGUAGACUUGGGUACCCAAAACAGCUGCGAACGGAUAACGGUCGACAGUACGUAAGCGCUGAGUUCCGACACUAUUGCAAAUUAUGCGGGAUUGAACAAAUCACGACGCCUCCUUAUUGGCCACAGGCCAAUGGCGAGGUAGAAAAUAUGAAUAAAGCGCUCGUCAAACGUCUGAAAAUUGCCCAUCUGCACAAGAGGAAUCUGAAGGAUGAGAUUCGAUCGUUCACGUUCAUGUAUAACGUCACUCCUCAUGGAACUACAGGCACAGCUCCAACUGAGUUAAUGUUUAAUCGAGUCAUUCGAGAUAAGAUCCCAGGGGUACAAGAUUUGGUAGGCGAAUUUUCUGAUUCAGCGGAAAAAGAUAGAGACUGUAUCGUUAAGCAAAAGGGAAAGGAAGUUGCAGACAAAAAAAGGGGAGCAAGAGAAGCGGAUAUCAGAGUAGGAGACAAAGUGGUCCUUAAAAAUGUAGUUUUUCCCCACAAGCUUACUCCGAACUUCGACACUACUGAAUAUGAAGUGGUGGAGAGGAAAGGAAAUAUAGUGAAAGUAAAAGGGGAGGGCCGAACCCUUAUGAGGAAUGUAAGUCAUCUUAAAAAGUUUCCGAAACAGAGUACACCGUCCGAUGCGCCUAACAUUGACCCCUUACCUAUGCUUGAUGCGGGUCAGUCUCUGGAUCCUGGGACACCACCAAGCUUGCCGACCCCGGAAGAGAACGAGACACACGACAUGGAUGCCCUGAAGCUGAAGCUGGUGAGGAAGGAAGGGAUGUGGGAACCAGCACCACGAUGCUGAGAGAGGAUCGACGGCUCUCUCUCUCUCUUUCUCUCACACACUUUACUUGACUGUACUCUUUUGUUAUACAUACUUAAUUCGUAGUUAUUAGUCUGACUUUGACUUUGGAAGCAAUCACAUCGAAGUGUAAUAAAUAAGUUGACGAUCUAAA